CCCAAAAUGUUUUGCACCACUUAACAAAUCCCAGUAGCCAAAGGAGUACGUCUUCCCUGCAAAACAGACACGACCUUCGUUCCCACGUUGUCCCACGUAAGUUUGUAAGAGAGCAUGGUUCAGUUUUUUGUUCGUCAAUGAAACUAAACUGCGUCUAAAAACCAUGUCCAACAUCCCAACAUCGCUCUCUGAGAUUUGUCUCACACAGUUUCGCCUAGCGAUGUCGAUAGCAGACCCUUGGCCAUUCUCAUGAACCCACCGUACCCUAGCAUCUACCACCGCACAUACACACACCCACGGUCCUCUUCACUUUCAUUACCAUACACCACACACACCACACCGUAAAAUCUUUAUCCACCCUCUCCCCAAAUAUGUCCAAGAUUCGCGGAUUCAACCUCAGGAAGCGCCUCAUCCGGGUCUCCAAAUGGGUCUUCAGGAAGAUCCGGGUCCGGAGCGGACCCGGAUACCAUCGCCUGGGCAACUCUCCUCGGUCGUCCAUCGCUAAACUCCUCUCGUGGGGUCGCAAGCUGACGGCGGCCGCCAAGUCCUUCUUCCCAGUAUCAGUCGGGUCGGGUUACGCCCAAUUGGGAUCUGGUUCCGUGGUAGGAUCCGACCGGGACCCGACUGUGCCCAAGGGACAUCUCGCCGUAUACGUGGGGCAGAAGGAUGGCGAGUUGCACCGCGUGCUGGUGCCGGUAAUAUACUUCAACCAUCCUUUGUUCGGGGAGUUGCUGAAGGAGGCAGAGGAGGAGUUCGGGUUCCACCACGACGGUGGAAUCACCAUCCCCUGCCGGUUCACUGAGUUUGAACGGGUCAAGACCCGAAUAGCGUCCGGGUCUCGUCGGAGCAACCGUCCAAAAAGGUUUGCCUGACGAGAAUUGAAGUGAAUUUCUUUUAAUAAUUAUAUUUUUGGUACAGAGUUUUUUUUCACUGUACUUCCCCAUAAUUAAUCUCCAUCAUAAACCUUAUCACUUCUAGUGACUCUCUUCUUCCGACACUCUUUUUCACCCCUAAUAUUGAACUCAUGACAUAGAAAUGAGGUGACCCGUCCCUAACUAAAAUGAAAUAUUGCGUUUUAAGAUUCCUGUUUUAUACCUCGUUUCAAUUUGUGAGGUAAUUUGUAGCUUUCUGUUUAGC